UCCAGCGGAGGCGGGGCAGACGCGGCUCUGACUUCCAACAUGGCGCACGCAGGCGGCGGAGGCUCCGCGGGCCGGGGAUUCGGCGGCUCCCGCUGGGGUCGUUCAGGCUCCGGAGGCCACGAGAAGCUGCCGGUGCACGUGGAGGACGCUCUCACCUACCUCGACCAGGUGAAGAUCCGCUUUGGCAGCGACCCUGCCACCUAUAAUGGCUUUCUGGAGAUCAUGAAGGAGUUCAAAAGCCAGAGCAUUGACACCCCUGGCGUCAUCAGGCGUGUGUCCCAGCUCUUCCAUGAGCACCCUGACCUCAUUGUGGGGUUUAAUGCUUUCCUCCCGCUUGGAUACCGCAUAGACAUUCCCAAGAACGGCAAGUUGAACAUCCAGUCUCCUUUGACCAGCCAGGAGAACUCCCACAGCCAUGGUGACUGUGGUGAGGACUUCAAGCAGAUGUCCUACAAAGAGGACAGAGGCCAGGUGCCCCUGGAGUCGGAUUCUGUGGAGUUCAACAAUGCUAUCAGCUAUGUGAACAAGAUCAAGACCCGCUUUCUGGACCACCCUGAGAUCUACAGGUCCUUCCUAGAGAUCCUUCACACCUACCAGAAGGAACAGCUGCACACUAAGGGUCGUCCGUUCCGUGGCAUGUCUGAGGAGGAGGUCUUCACAGAGGUGGCCAAUCUCUUCCGUGGUCAAGAGGACCUGCUGUCGGAGUUUGGACAGUUCUUGCCUGAGGCAAAGCGAUCCCUGUUCACAGGCAAUGGGCCAUGUGAGAUGAACAGCGUACAGAAGAACGAGGAGAAGAGUCUGGAACACAGCAAGAAGCGCUCUCGGCCCUCACUCCUGCGCCCUGUGUCUGCUCCCGCCAAGAAGAAGAUGAAGCUCCGGGGCACCAAAGACCUGUCCAUUGCUGCUGUGGGGAAGUACGGCACCCUGCAGGAGUUCUCCUUCUUUGAUAAGGUGCGCAGGGUGCUGAAGAGCCAGGAGGUGUACGAGAACUUUCUGCGCUGCAUUGCGCUCUUCAACCAGGAGCUGGUGUCCGGCUCUGAGCUGCUGCAGCUUGUGAGCCCGUUUCUGGGGAAAUUUCCAGAGCUCUUUGCACAGUUCAAGUCCUUCCUGGGAGUGAAAGAGCUGUCCUUUGCGCCACCCAUGAGUGACCGCUCUGGAGAUGGCAUUAGCAGAGAAAUUGACUACGCAUCUUGUAAGCGAAUUGGAUCCAGCUAUCGGGCACUUCCCAAGACCUACCAGCAGCCCAAGUGCAGCGGGAGGACAGCCAUCUGCAAGGAGGUUCUGAAUGACACAUGGGUGUCUUUCCCAUCCUGGUCUGAAGACUCUACCUUUGUCAGCUCCAAGAAGACACCCUAUGAGGAGCAGCUGCAUCGCUGUGAGGAUGAGAGGUUUGAGUUAGACGUUGUCCUGGAGACCAACCUGGCUACCAUCCGUGUGCUGGAGAGCGUGCAGAAGAAGUUGUCGAGGAUGGCGCCUGAGGACCAGGAGAAGCUCCGCCUGGAUGACUGCCUGGGCGGCACAUCAGAGGUGAUCCAGCGCCGUGCCAUCCACCGCAUCUAUGGCGACAAGGCCCCCGAAGUCAUCGAGAGCCUCAAGAGGAACCCUGUCACCGCUGUGCCUGUUGUUCUGAAAAGGCUGAAGGCCAAGGAGGAGGAGUGGCGGGAGGCCCAGCAGGGCUUCAACAAAAUCUGGCGUGAGCAGUAUGAGAAGGCGUACCUCAAGUCCCUGGACCACCAGGCUGUGAACUUCAAGCAGAAUGACACCAAGGCUCUGCGUUCCAAGAGCCUGCUCAAUGAGAUUGAAAGCGUCUAUGACGAGCACCAGGAGCAGCACUCAGAGGGCCGCAGUGCACCAUCCAGUGAGCCACACCUCAUCUUUGUGUACGAGGACCGGCAGAUCCUGGAGGACGCGGCUGCGCUCAUCAGCUACUAUGUGAAACGGCAGCCAGCCAUCCAGAAGGAGGACCAGGGCACCAUCCGCCAGCUGCUUCAUCGUUUUCUGCCCAGCUUGUUCUUCUCGCAGCAGCGCCCUGGCGCCUCCGACGACUCUGCGGAUGAGCGCGAGCGCGAUGGGGAGCCUGAACGCAGGCGGCCAGCCGAUGAGAAGCCCCCAGUGGACACACCACCCGAGCCGCCCAAGGCCCUGGACGACGUGUACAGCCUGUUCUUUGCCAACAACAACUGGUACUUUUUCCUGCGGCUGCACCAGACGCUGUGCGCACGCCUGCUCAAGAUCUACCGGCAAGCGCAGAAGCAGCUGCUGGAGCAUCGGCGCGAGCAGGAGCGGGAGCAGCUGCUGUGUGAAGGUCGCCGCGAGAAGGCCGCUGACCCUGCCAUGGAACUGCGCCUGAAGCAGCCCAGUGAGGUGGAGCUGGAGGAGUACUACCCAGCCUUCCUGGACAUGGUGCGGAGCCUGCUGGAGGGGAGCAUCGACCCCACUCAGUAUGAGGACACUCUCCGCGAGAUGUUCACCAUUCAUGCCUACAUCGGCUUCACCAUGGAUAAGCUGGUGCAAAACAUUGCUCGCCAGGUGACUCCAGCUUGUGUCAGGUUGACAUAGGACUACGGAGCACACUUGUGUACCCCACGCUGUGGAGGACAGAACAGGAGGAUGGCUGGAGCUUGCUGGACAUAGGGAUGACUCCAGGUCCAGUAGGAGAAUCCAUCUCAAGGCAGUAAGACAGAGAGUGAUAGAGGAGGACACGGCUGUCGCCCACUCCUCUCCACUGGCCUGUACGAAUGAACAAGUGUAAAUGCACACACGUGCACACACACACACACACACACACACCUUCUCAGACGGUAGAAACUGUUUUAAGAGGGAAAUAAUGAAAUUGAGUAAGGAGGAUGAGUGCUAUCUGUGGCUGUCAAACCCCUGUAGUGGCUGGCCAAGGGCUACCAUGCUGGCACUGUGCCUACCUUGUCUGCAGCAUUUCUGUUCCUUCUGUCCUGUUCUUGUGGAGAUGGUGGGUGGGUAGGAUCUGGACCAUCAUCCCUGUGGUGCCAAGUAACACCUAAGACCUGCUGACCUGGCCCGACCUUUCUUUGUAUUAUGUUCUUCAUAAAAAUGGGUAAGAGGACUGUUUUUCCCCACACAUCUGGGAGGAAGGUUUAGAUGAGGCACUGCUUUCUCCUUCAGUUUGCUACUCUGGUCUAGUCUGGUUUAGUCUGCUCUGGUCUGACUUGGUCUGGUCUGGUCUACCUACCAAAAAAAAAAAAGAUUGUUAUUUGUUCCAGGUGAUUUAGUCUUCACCCCUCCCAACCCCCAGUCACAGACUUGUUUCCUGGGGUGUGUGGCUGUGGCCAGUGUCUCCAGGGAUGGUGGGCGGGCUGCAGGAGGUGGCAGUUGUGGCCUUGCUCUCUCC